UUAUUGCUGCCAUCCAAUAAUAAUGAGUGUGGCCGAUGGAGGAGCUGCUAGCUCACUGAACAACAACUGAAAGAGAAAGUAAAAACCUGUCGGGGAAGUAUCCAUUAUCCUGCUGCAACAACAGGCAUGCUGCUUCAUAUCUACUGAGCGUCAAAAAGAAAAGAAUAGCCGAUUGUUCGGGACGAUAUAAAGAUAUAUAAGAUAUAUAUUAAAGUGUCGUGAAGUUCAUCUGAGGUCACGAGGAGAGAAAAAAUGUCGCGCGGUUCAAACGCAGGUUUCGACAGACACAUCACCAUCUUCUCCCCGGAGGGCCGCCUCUACCAAGUCGAGUAUGCCUUCAAAGCCAUCUCCCAGAGCGGGUUGACAUCUGUGGGGAUCCGGGGGUCAGACACUGUUGUGGUGGUCACACAAAAGAAAAUACCUGACAAGCUGCUGGACUCUUCCACUGUGACCAACAUUUUCAAACUAACCCCUCGCAUUGGCUGCGUGAUGACUGGGCACAAUGCGGACAGUCGCUCCCAGGUUCACCGGGCACGAGUGGAAGCAGGAGAAUGGAAAUAUAAGUUUGGUUAUGACAUCACAGCGGACGUGUUGUGUCGUAGGUUGGCCGAUAUCUCCCAGGUGUACACACAAAACGCCGAAAUGAGGCCUCUAGGCUGCUGUAUGAUCUUGGUGGCUAUGGACCCCCAGCAGGGUCCUGUCCUGUAUAAAUGUGACCCAGCAGGAUACUACUGUGGCUUCAGGGCCACAGCGGUCGGGGCCAAACAAACAGAGGCCAAUAGCUACCUGGAGAAGAAACUGAAGAAAAAGCCUGAACUGACCCACGACAGGACAGUACAGUUGGCUAUAACAUGUCUGUCCUCCGUCCUGUCCAUUGACUUCAAGGCCAGUGAGCUGGAGAUCGGAGUGGUCACCAAGGACAAACCUAAGUUCAGGAUGCUGACGGAAGCAGAGGUAGAAGCCCACCUGGUUGCCAUAGCAGAACGGGAGUGAAGGUGCCCUCACAAACGUCAGACCGCGAUUCAUCAUUGAAUUUCAUUUUCAGUGAGCUUGAAGUAGCCCUAUCUAACAUCACUGCUAGCCACAGUCUGAAGACACAAGUACACAACUGUUCACUGUGUGUCCGAGGAGGUUCAUCAUGCACAGCUGAGGAAGAAACUCUUUUAUUAGUGAUCGAUACAGGUUUGAUUCGUAGUGUUUCACCAAACAUUUCUAGUGGGAUUUAAAACAAAAUUCAAUAUAUAUAAGUGAGGCACAUUAAACCAUCUUUAGUGGACAACAAGCAACAUAUUCCGCCUACAUACAAAAGUUUUUUUGGAUGCUGGUUAUUUAGUAUGCCUCCUGCUGGUUUUGUUUGGAUGUGUACAGAAUAUUUGUCAUGCAGCUUAUUUUCUACUGUAUGUUCAUAACACCAACCUCGAUGUCAUCUCCACACUCGUACAGUUGCAAUAAAAACAGUCCCUCAGAUUCAUUGCCAACCCCUUUAAAACAACUGUCAUAAUAAAAUUGAAUAGAAAAGAAGACUA